CCUCUCUUUCUUCCCAAAUUCCUCUGUUCUCUCUCUCUUUAGUCUCUUUACUACUAAGCCGCCAUUAUCGAGUGAUAGGGAGAGAAAGAGUCGCCGCAAGAGAAAAAAUGUCUCCGGCGAAGAAAAGCCGAAGUUUUCCGCCGAUAAGUGAGUGUAAAAGUGGAGAGUAUGAUUCGAUCGCGGCGGAUCUUGACGGGACUCUGCUUCUAUCAAGAAGCUCCUUCCCUUACUUCAUGCUCGUCGCCAUCGAAGCUGGUAGUCUCUUCCGUGGUUUGAUCCUUCUUCUAUCUCUCCCCUUCGCCGGUAUCAAGAUCAAGAACAUCGAACUCGUCUCUCGCGCCGUUCUUCCACGGUUUUACGCGGCGGAUGUGAGGAAGGACAGUUUUGAGGUGUUUGAUAAGUGUAAGAGGAAAGUUGUGGUUACUGCGAAUCCCAUAGUGAUGGUUGAGCCAUUCAUCAAGGAUUAUUUGGGAGCAGAUAAAGUUUUGGGAACAGAGAUUGAAGUUAACCCCAAGACGAUGAAAGCCACAGGGUUUGUGAAGAAGCCUGGUGUUCUUGUUGCUGAUUUGAAGAGAUUAGCAAUCUUGAAAGAGUUCGGCGAACAAUCACCGGAUCUUGGCCUCGGUGACCGGACCUCCGAUCACGAUUUCAUGUCCAUCUGCAAGGAAGGUUACAUGGUGCACGAGACCAAAUCAGCCACAACAGUUCCCAUAGAGCGUCUGAAGAGCCGCAUCAUCUUCCACGAUGGCCGUCUAGUCCAACGCCCGACGCCGCUAAACGCAAUAGUCAUCUACCUUUGGCUUCCUUUUGGCUUCAUGCUCUCGAUCUUCCGCGUCUACUUCAACCUCCCUUUACCUGAACGCUUUGUCCGCUACACCUACGAGAUCCUCGGCAUUCACCUAACGAUCCGUGGCAACCGUCCUCCACCUCCUUCCCCUGGCAAACCUGGAAACCUCUACGUCCUUAACCACCGUACCGCCCUUGACCCCAUAAUCGUUGCCAUUGCUCUCGGCCGUAAGAUCACAUGUGUCACUUAUAGUGUCUCUCGCCUCUCCCUGAUGCUCUCACCCAUUCCUGCCGUUGCUCUGACCCGAGACCGUGUCGCUGAUGCAGCCCGCAUGAGACAACUCCUAGAGAAAGGUGAUUUGGUGAUCUGUCCUGAAGGCACAACGUGUAGAGAACCAUAUCUACUAAGAUUCAGUGCUCUAUUCGCAGAGCUGAGCGACCGGAUCGUGCCUGUGGCCAUGAACUGCAAGCAAGGGAUGUUCAACGGGACGACAGUGAGAGGUGUGAAAUUCUGGGAUCCGUACUUCUUCUUCAUGAACCCUCGACCUAGCUACGAGGCCACUUUUUUGGACCGUUUGCCCGAAGCAAUGACGGUAAACGGUGGUGGCAAGACUCCUUUUGAGGUGGCUAAUUACGUUCAGAAGGUGAUAGGUGGAGUUUUGGGAUUCGAAUGCACUGAACUUACAAGGAAGGAUAAGUAUCUGUUGCUUGGAGGCAACGACGGGAAGGUUGAGUCUAUCAAUAAGACCAAGUCCAUGCUGUAAUAUAAUAAUCCAGCUAAAUACUUGUUGCACUGCUAUUUUGCUUGAGACUGAAGCUAGGUCUUUCUCUGGUUUUACACAAUUACCCCUUUUUUUGUUUUUAAUGGAUUGUUGAACAUGAGCUGGAUAAUGAAAUUACAUUUGAAUCAACAA